CCUCUCUUUGCAUGAUCUCCCAUUCCCCUAAUAUUUCUACAACUAUACUAUCAUUUGAUAGCUCCCUUUUAUCAUGAUCUUCUCAUCGAAGUUUCAAUACAUAUAUACACUUCAUUUUCUCAGUAUAUUCAAAUUCCAGAUGUCAACAACUUCAACAAUAUAAUCACAACCACCACAAAAAAUGUAUACCAUACAAGUCCUUGCUUCUAGUCCAAGUUUUUUGACUUGAUCAUCAUCUCAAUAAUAAUAAUAAUAGCCCUACACACAGUUCUACUAAUGAAUACCUCAUGAGCACCAUUUUGCUUUGGAUCAACAAAAAGGCUUUGAGGUUUUCUAGCUUAUGGCAAACAAUCAAGAUUUAUUGGCAGUUCAUUUUCCAGCACUUAGAAAGAAGAAGAGUAGUACAGGUGGACAACAAAAGAAAGAGGAACUUGAGAAAGAGGUUGCUGAGCUUCGAAAAAUGUUGAAUCAUGAACAAAAGGUGCAUGAAUUUCUGGAUAAGGUGUAUCAAAGAAAGGAUGAUUCAUCUUUCAGCAUUCCAAAUUAUCUUCCUCCUAAGAUGAAGGAAUUGUUAGCAGAGCUAUCCAUGGUUGAGAGUGAAAUAGCUAAGUUGGAAGGCCAAAUCAGUCAGAUUCAAUGUGAUGUGAACAAGGAGAAAGAAAUGAACAAUACUGAUCAAGCCAAUAAGUCCAAACAAGGACUUAACAAUAAGAUGAAAAUACAAUGGCAACAACAAAAUAAUGUAUCUUCAUCACUUCCACCAAAUCCAAACAAAUUCAAAGGGCUAAAUGAUCAAAAAGUGCCAUUUGAGACAAAGGCAUUGCAUUUCAUUAGCAAAGCCAUAAAAGGUGAUUAUGGUCUUAAUGACUUCAGAAUAAAUAAUGAGAAAUUAAUACAACCAAUGAAGUCAUCAAACGUUAUUGCUGAUCAAGAAGAUGAAAAUCAGUUUCAUCAACAAGUUAGAACAUUUGGAGAGAGGAUUUCAAGGAAAAGUGGGAUGAUCAAAACUCCCUCACCUUUAAGAGAACCAAGAAAUCCAACACCUAGGAGAGAAAGAAAUGCAGAGAUCCCCAAAUUUAUGUCUACUCCAAUGCAUGAAAUUCAACCAAAAGUUAUGCAAAGUCCACUCCCCACAGAAGAAGACACAAUUCAUAGAUGGCCACCAAAUAAAUUAUCAGAAAACAUUAUGAAAUGUUUGAUUUUCAUUUUUAUAAGGUUGCUUCGAACAUCACGUGCAAUGGAGUUAGAAAAAUCAGGCCCAAUUGCUAGAUCAAACAAUUUCUCAUUGAGUUUUAGGGCCCAUGAGCCCAGUUUUAUGAACUCAAAAACUGGUCAACUGAUACAAAAAGAUUCAAGGCAACAAGAUCCAUAUGGUAUUUUUGAUUCAGAAGAGUCAAUUCCAAGAGAUAUCGGGCCUUACAAGAAUUUGGUUAGGUUUGCAUCAACCUCUAUGGAGCCCAAAUGCAUCUCCAACUCUAACUCCAUCCCUCUAUUCCAAAAGCUAAAGCUUAUGAUGAACAGUCUACAGAAUGUAGAUUUAAGAUUGCUGAAUUACCAACAGAAACUAGCAUUCUGGAUCAACAUGUACAACGCUUGUAUCAUGCAUGGGUUUCUUCAACAUGGACUUCCUUCUAGUUCUACUCCGGAAAAAUUGUUGACACUUAUGAACAAGGCAACUCUAAACAUUGGUGGCAAUACUAUUAAUGCACAUGCCAUUGAACAUUUUAUCUUGAGAAAACCAGUAAAUUCACCUGCAAAAGAUCAGGUCAAUCGAAAAGGUGAAAAGAAUGAUAAAGAAAGUGUAGUUCGUCAGCUGCAUGGACUUGAAUCAUUCGAUCCAAAUAUCAUGUUUGCCUUAUGUUGUGGCACGCGUUCUUCUCCAGCAGUGAAGAUAUACACAGGUGAUGGAGUUGUAGCUGAGUUAGAAAAAUCAAAAUUGGAAUACUUACAAGCUUCACUAAUUGUAACAAGCACCAAGAAGAUAGCCAUGCCAGAGCUAUUGCUAAGAAACAUGCAUGAUUUUGCCCAAGAUUUGGAUUCAUUAGUAGAGUGGAUUUGCCAACAAUUGCCCACAUCAGGUUCAUUGAGGAAAUCCAUUGUUGAUUGCUUUAGAGGACUUCAUGGGGGAAAAGUGUCCACCGUUGUUGAGAAAAUACCUUAUGAUUUCGAAUUUCAGUAUUUGUUGACUGUAUAAAACUGUACCGUAAGUCAAAAUUUGAAUCGAUAAAGAAUUUUUUCUUCUGUAUGAAUCAAUAUUAUUUCAUUUUGUAUUCUUAAUUCUUGAUACCUCUUGAGAAAAAUUUGUCCAAUUAUACAUAUAUGAAUUACAAUAAGUGGUGAAAAUAAAGGUGAUGAUCACUUGUUGAUAGUGUUAUUUUUUAGGAU